AUGGAUGCUAACUGUGGAUGCAGCUAUGUGAAAUCGACCAUCUCAGACCUCUUGCAGAACAAAGUGGAUAUGUCCAAGCUAGUGAUCACGAAGGCCUUGUCGCAGAAGGAAUACGCGGCUAAGCAGGCUCACGUCGAGCUUGCCAAGCGCAUGACGAAGCGUGAUGCCGGAUCCGCCCCUGCUCUGGGAGACCGUGUGGCCUACGUGAUGAUCAAGGGUGCGGCUAAUUCCAAGGGCUACGAGCGGGCCGAAGAUCCUAUCUUCGUCUUGGAGAACAAUAUUCCCAUUGAUACCAAGUAUUACUUGGACAACCAGCUUGCCAAUCCCCUGGGCCGUAUCUUCGAGCCCAUCCUGGGUGAGAAGAAGGCCAACCAGCUGUUGACUGGCGAGCACACACGAUCCAUCUCUGUUGCUGCCCCCAGCUUGGGUGGACUCAUGAAGUUCACUAAGCGCACUCAGACCUGCAUGGGCUGCAAGAAGCCACUCUCGGGCAAAGAGGAAAUGGCCGGUGCGGUGUGCGAGAAUUGCCGCCCUCGCAUUGGCGAGCUGUACACCAAGUCCCUUACCAAGGUUUCGGACCUGGAAGUUCGCUUUGGACGUCUGUGGACGCAGUGCCAGCGAUGCCAGGGCAGUCUUCACUGCGAAGUCAUUUGCUCGUCACGCGAUUGUCCCAUCUUCUACAUGCGCAUGAAGGCGAAGAAAGACGUGGAGGAUUCUCAGAAAGAGCUGGCUCGAUUUGACUUCGAUGCUGGUGCCUGGUGA